CAAACAGGUGAUCAUGCAUUGCAACAUCAUUUGUUUGGCAUUGGGCCCAGGAAAUGGUUGAGCGACAGGCAGAGCUGAAGCACCAAUUUGAACAGAUGAAAAAGGACCAAAUCACAAAGUACCAGGGGACCAACCUUUAUGUCAAAAAUCUGGAUAAAUGUAUUGAUGAUGAGCAACUGCGCAAAGAAUUUUCACCGUUCGGUACAAUUACAAGUGCUAAGGUGAUGAUGGAGCAUGGGCGCAGUAAAGGCUUUGGAUUUGUCUGUUUCUCUUCACCAGAGGAAGCUACCAAGGCUGUAACAGAGAUGAACGGCCGGAUUCUUAGCACCAAGCCUUUGUAUGUUGUUCUGGCUCAGCGCAAAGAAGAACGACGAGCUUAUCUGGCAAAGCAAUACAUGCAGAGAAUGGCUCAGAACCGUGCUGCACAUUGCCCAGCAGGUCAUCUUACACAGCUUCCGUCCAGGUCCAACCCCAACAGGGUCAACCUUUAUGUCAAAAAUCUGGAUAAAUGUAUUGAUGAUGAGCAACUGCGCAAAGAAUUUUCACCAUUCGGAACAAUUACAAGUGCUAAGGUGAUGAUGGAGCAUGGGCGCAGUAAAGGCUUUGGAUUUGUCUGUUUCUCUUCACCCGAGGAAGCUACCAAGGCUGUAACAGAGAUGAACGGCCGGAUUCUUAGCACCAAGCCUUUGUAUGUUGCUCUGGCUCAACGCAAAGAAGAACGACAAGCUCAUCUAACAAACCAAUACAUGCAGAGAAUGGCGAGUGUCAGAGCUGUUCCAAAUCCUCUUAUCAACCUUGUUAUCAAUCCUUACCUACCAGCUUUACUGCCUAGGUACUUAAUGGCAGCAACUCCUCAGGCUCACAACCAUGCUGCAUAUUACCCCACAGGUCAGCUUGCACAGCUUCGACCCAGUGCUCAACAUGUCAGACCCCAAGCUAACACAGCAACACAGACAAUGGGACCUCGCGCUGGUGCUACAGCUCCUGGUGCUUGUUCACUUACACCAUGCAAAUAUGCUGCAGGAGUCCACAAUCCUCAACAAAAUCUAAAUACCCAGCCUCCGGUUGCCAUGCAACAGCCUGCAGUUCACGUACAAGACCAGGAAUCCCUGACUGCUUCCAAGCUGGCUGCUGCCCCUCCCCAAGAACAGAAGCAGAUGCUGGGACAGGAGGGCAGUGAAGCUUGUGUUACAGAAGAAAAAAUCUAAACAUUGGAUAAAGUUUAAAAAAAACUUUAAAACAUAGCAAAACAAAAAAGUGUAUACCAAAAAAAAAAAUCAGAAAGGAAACCUCUAAGCUUAUGAAAUGAAGUCACUACCAGGUCUGGCUUAAGUGCCGCUAGUCCUAGACUUUUAUGGGGAAAAUUACGAAAAAAAAAGUAAAUUGAAAAGUUUUCUAGACCCAGGUAGGUGUUUUAUGCACAGAAACGUUUGAUGCAUUUAUUUCUUUAAAGUUUUGUAAUCCAUUACUGUGGAGAUGUUCAGUAGAUCCACACUGUGUUUUGUUAACAGUAUUUUUGAUGGUUAAGCAUUAAAAGCUGAAACUGAAUAUUUGUAGUAUAGAAUGCUUGCCUUAAUAAAAAUGCUGAAUAAUG